GUAAUAUGUAUCUAAGGCAAAAAAGUCAAAGUCAGCACUUGACUUCAGACUUCAGUAAACAGCAGUAGCAUUUCCAUCUAGGCAAAAUUGAGUCGUGCCUAACAACUCCAUGAUAUGCUUGACAUAGAUGCAUAUAUCGCUGACCGUCAGUGUUUCGUCUGUGGGUUUCAACUACAAUAUGGAAUAUCUUCACAACUUGCCCCUUUUCUGUUUCGUUCUCCUGCAACCCUUUCUCUGCCUAUAUCAUUCAUUUGCUCUAUUCAUUUUGAUGAAAAAUGUCUGACUUCAGUCAAUAGAAUCUGGUAUUUAAAUAAAAAUUCCAUUCCAACAUUGUUUCUUCGUCAAACUGUUGAUCUUAAGAAGUCGGGAAAAUUGCAGUCAGAUAUUGAAUGCCAAUUGAAACAAUACGAAUAUGCAGUUAGUGAAUUUCAAACCUCAAAAACUUCAUUGUCUGUAGUGGAAAUUGAAGCAACAAAGCUCAUAUUAACCAAUGACGAAUGUGGUAUUCCUCAGAACUUGACGAGUCGACAGCGUGAAUUACUAUUUAACGAUAAUACUCAAACCUGGUCCUACGAAUGUGUUCGUCUUCCCGAAAACGAGUUACUGAUUUCAUCGCCUUCCUCAUUGAUCCCCUUCAUAGAGGGUGAUAAGGAAGUUUCUACUCCAUGUGUUUCUCUUGAAUGCACAACAGCACCUAGUUCUGAUUCUAUUGUUGCACCAUUUGUUUAUCGUUGUUCAAGCAUGACUGAAAUUCCUCUUCGCAUAUCUACUCGACAAAAAACUCGGCCUCAGAGAUACCGAGGUACCGAUAAUGAUUUGAAUAUGAGACAUGCAAGAAUGAUGAAGGCGAGGUCCAGCUCAACCAAACUUAGAAAACCAUUGAUCAAUGCAGUCAGAUCUGUUAAUGUGGAGCCCGUUGUUGAAUGUGAAAAUUUGGAAAGUUUUCAUGUCGAUGACGUAGACGGUUUUCUUAUUUUUUCAUUUGCUAAUUCUGAGGAUCUUGUCAAGUUUUGUGCUGAUCAGCUAUAAGGUAAUCGUUUUUCUUGUUAAAUUAAUCAGAUAGUGAUUUUCUACUUGAACAACGCUUAACCAGAAAGAUUAAAUUGUUCUUUUUUUUCUCUUUCGACUUUUUGUUUAGUAUAGCAAUGGUUAUUUUGCAUUUGGGGUUUAUGGUUUUGCACUACAUACUUCUUGUUUCUACGUAGAACUGUUAAUUAAUUAGAUAAAAUUUCGGGAGUGCU